CAUAAAUGUUAAAAAGUUUUAAUAAGUAAGGAAUAGUAAAAUUGCGCAUAAAAUACUCUGUGGAAAAAGAACAAUGACAACUAAUCAAAAUUGAUAUUGUACUUGAUGUUUUCAUGGCUCUAAAAUUCUUAAUAAACAAUAUGCUUGCUCUGCAGUCAUGGAUCCUCAGAGGACAACAUUAGCCGGUCCCCUGCCUGCUAGCAGUAGGCAGGCAGCACGGAAAAGUUUCGCAAUAACAAACACUUACAUUAAAAGUACUAAAAAAGAAAUUGUUAGUGUCCACACCAGCACUCCUACUGUAGAAAAUCUAUCUUUUCAAAUUGAACAAAAUCAAAUUUACCAAGGAGAAGUGAAUAUUCUUUCAAUUAUUGAUACAAAUAAAGAUAUUAUGUGCUGCAAAUAUACAGAAGAUGUAAAUGAGAUAGCAGCAGGAUUCAAUGACGGUUCCAUGAGAGUGUUUAGUUGCAAUACUGGACAUUGUAUACACACUCUGGUAGAUGAAGAAACUCGCGCCUAUCCUGGACCUGUAACAGCCAUCAAACAUAGGCCAGUUAGCAAAGCAAACCCUAUCACUAACAUGUUGUUAUCAUCUUAUGUAAAUGGAUGUAUCAAAUGCUGGAAAUACAAAUAUGACCAAUGUUUAUAUACCAUUCGGGAGAAGCGUCAAACGUUGGGCUUAAGUUACCAUCCACGUCACAGUAAAUUUGUUACUUACGGCGACGAUGCCAAGUUGAACAUGUAUGAUGAAGAGGCUCAGACCCAAGAACGUGCUUUUUACUCGAGUAAUCAAAAGAAUAAACUGGACGGCCAUACAUCAAGAAUAUUUGCAUGUGCAUUCAACCCAAGGUCGCAACAUGAGAUGAUAUCUGGAGGCUGGGAUGACACCGUCAUGUGUUGGGACGACAGACAACCAUAUGCUACUCGUUAUUUUGUUGGUGUCCACAUGUGCGGGGAAGGACUUGAUUUUGACAAGCCUGGACGAACUAUACUGACAUGUUCUUGGCAAGAGAAAGAUAGUAUCCAAUUGUGGGAUUAUGGUUCGUGCAAAUUAAUUGAAACUAUUGUACCAGACAACUAUCAAUCAAAACUAUAUUGCGGUAAAAUGGUUCCGCAUACUAAUUUGAUUGUUUGCGGAGGAUCAGACUCCAAUAUAUUGAGAGUGGUAGAUACAAACAUGAAAGCCACUGAAUGCUGUAUAAGAAAUAAUCAGGGCGGAAUUUACGCUUUUGAUUUUGGUACAAUCAGAAGAAAGCCGAAGAAAGUUACGGAGACCUACAAAAAAAUAAGCGAAAUACCAAAUGUACCGCGUGUUUCGUUUGUUACUGGAAAACGAUUACAGACUGUAGACUUUGGUUGACUAGCUGCCAGAUGCUUCAGGAUAUAUGUAAGCUAGGUACCAUACUCGUAGAAUAUGAAAAUAAACUAGUGGAAUAUUUCUCGAAUACAUGCUUAGUGCCUCGUAAUAUAUUAUUACCAAAUGAUGUUUGCUGAUUUUGUCUAGAAUGAGAAAUAUUCACAAAUUAAGCUCUCGACGUGUUACAUUAUUUUGUAUUUGACAAUAAACUUAGCUUUUUCUAUUCAUACUUAUUAAACUCCAUUGUAAAGUAGUUGGGAAAGGUCUCGCACAAUAAACGCGGACGUAAAAGUUGUACAUCAGUUGUAUUGAAUUUAUUCUCCUUUUUAACAUUUCUCUACUCACAAACAGCCGUUUAUACAAUUUUAAGUGAUAGACAAAUA